AGAUUGGAAUUGCGAUUACUUCCGGGUGUUACCAAAACAACAACUUUGCCCAUAGAUGCAGUGACUUUACAAUGAAUUUGACAAAAAUUUAACAUUUGACGUUUUAAAAUGAACACUGGACUGAAACAUUGGAAGGAGGCCGCCACUCUCAUUCUAGUGGCGGGUCACAGGCUCGGCGUGGAAAAUGUAUCCACGCCGGGUUUUGCGUGUUCUCAGUCGACCGUUAAAACCGAAGGACGACCUCGAGUUCCUCACGUCUUUGACUACAAUGUUUUGCUCCUGAAACGAAGCAGUAAAAGCGGAUUCAUGCCUAACGCCUAUGUGUUCCCCGGAGGAAUGGUGGACCCUUCCGACUUUUCGAGUGAGUGGUUGGACGUUUUCAAAGCUUUUACCAACUCUCCCAACUUUGGCUUAAGGUGCGUCCGGCAACCACCAGAGACUAGACCGCCGAUAUUUGCUACCGACCGGCACAAACUGGGCUCCCCUAUCCCGGGAGAGGUCGCAUUCCGGAUUUGCGCCUUGAGAGAGACAUUCGAGGAGUCUGGCGUGCUGCUUUUCGUGUCCAAAAAGGAAGAACUGAGUCUGUUAAAGAGUCUUAAAGACAGGCGCGCCGACGAUGAAGUCAAACAUUACAAAGUAAACGAGCUUUGCAGCGAUGAGCUGAGCAAAUGGCGGACUUUGGUAAACCAGAACCCGUCAAACUUCGUCAGGAUGUGCAGGGAGCUGGAGGUGCUGCCCAACAUCUGGGCCCUCCACGAGUGGGCCAACUGGCUGACCCCCGAGGGACAAUACGGCACGAAGAGGUUUGACACGGCCUUCUUCAUGUGCUGCCUGGAAGAGAGACCAUGCGCCCUCCAAGACCAAAAGGAAAUUCAACACUUGCAGUGGUCGACGCCCUCGGACGUCCUGCAGAGCUUCGGGGCUCGCAAUUUGUGGAUUGCCCCCCCACAGUUCUAUGAGCUGAGGCGUAUGUGCCGUUUCCUCUCGCUGAGCGACCUCCACGCAUUUGCCAGUCGACGCGGCACCGACGGCUGCGAGCAGUGGCUGCCUGUCAUCCUCUUCCAGGACAACGGCUACAUAUCAGUGCUGCCAGGAGACCAGCUGUACCCGUCUACCGUUUCAGAAGCGACUAUGGUGGAAACAAACCUGGAGAUUCAUGGAGGUUCUAAAUCUGCGCUACAUCGCUUCUUGAUCUCAGACCCCUACAGUCCAGAACUGCAGGUCAACAUUACACCCAAGUACAACCACACGCUGCCUCUCAUUGGAUCAGUGAACUCCACAACCCUUGUGGGAACAAAAUAGCAGCAACUCACGAACAAGAACACUCCAGACAGAAGACACAAAAUCAGGUGUUAAUGUGUUGAAGCCAUUUGAGUUGUGUAGGACUUAGGGACAUUUCCCUCUCCCUUCACUGUCUUCGGACUUUGGCCCAUGUACACGUGCUAUAUACACCACAGGUGCCAAACUCAAGGCCCGGGGGACAGAUCUGGCCCAGUCAUAAUGGCGCUCCAAUGGACACGGUAACAGAAAUGUGGCCUGCAACAAAAAUUAGGUUAUCACCCCUGAUAUACAAUAUUGGUUGAUUCAUGCAUUUGCAGGAGGUGGAGGUAGUGGGUACAUAUGAUGGUGUUGUGCCAAAUACUGAUGUAAUUUUUGGAUGAAAUAAGGUUUUUCAAAGUGAAAUCACAAAAACAAGAUCAGACGCUAACACAGAAUCAGAGAUGUAAUUUAUAAAAUCUGAUUCGUUACUCAUCAACAUGCCUGUGAAAUAGAAAUUUACAAACAAAUGCAGUAUGUGACUGAUAAGAAAAAGAGCAACUUUAAACGCUACACGUACAGGGGCAUCUUUUAUUAAAUUAUAAUGUCGUGGAACCUUCACAAACUGAAACUCCUUUAUAGAGAUUCAUCACGUCGUGUGAAAUAUUACAUUUAUUAUUUUUAUUGGUUUCAUGAUUAUUUAUUACUGGUCACGAAAACCAGUAAAACACGAUUUCAAGAAAUUAGAAUGUCACAAACAAAACCUCCAUUUUCUAAAGGAAAUUAGGUAGGGAUUUGCCUUCUGAAAACUACUGUGUUAAAUGAAUCUUGAGUAUCAUAUAUAUACUUUUAAUGGACUACUGAAAUUAAAAAAAUAGCUUAACAACCUCAGCCUUUUAUUCAGCCAACAUUUAUUUCAGUCAAAGAACAACUUUUUUGUGUAGCAAUGUGAGAAAUUGAAUUGUGUGACUGUUGACAUCAAUCCAGCCGUUGAAUGCCUCCUGUGUCGUGGCUAUUCAGAUAAAGUUAGCUUCUUGUAUUAUUGUUAUUAUUAUCAAAUUAUAAUAAAGCACAAUUUAUUGUAUUAGGUUUUGUAUUAUUUUAUCAAGGGAAAUCAAAAACGUCCAGGCUAAAUGCAUUCACUGUAUUUGGAUUAAAAUGGAAAUACUGUAACACACACCUGUGUAUGUCUGACAGGCUAAGUUGAAAUAACACAGCUCAACCUUUGUGCUGUUUGCCUCGGAGAGUCAGUUGAGGGGUUACCAUGGCAACUCCACAGCCUUGGAAACCCACAAUCUUUGUCGGUGAUGAGACAAUGAUGCAUUGCCGUGCGUGGCUCGCGUCGCUGCCGAGAACUCUGUUUGGGAGAAGACUCGUUCACCUUUAAAUGACCCUCCACGUAUGAUUAAAGUGGAAUUCAACUUUUUGGGAGGAAAUUGUCGAAUUUUCAAGCUUGCCAAAAUAUAUUUAGAUAUCUCCUGAGCUGUCCGAAAUAGUCUCCAGAGUCAGCAACCCCUCACGCUUCAGAAAAUUCAAGUCCGCAACAUUUUAGUCCCCUCCUUCUUCGCCAUGUUUAAUUCAUCGCAGAUGUAUUUUUGCAUCUUUUGGAACUUUCUUGAAAUGACAGGAAAGAGAAACAAGAUGCAAAAUGGUUUUCAUGCAGCACUGUGUCCUAAGUGCUUUUGGGCUUUUUAUAUAAAGAAAGGACCAGUGACUUUUAAAGGAUGCACAACAGCUUAAGAAAAUAAUGGGGAGGAAUGGAAAAUGUUUACAUUUUUACGUUAUAUGUUGAGAGAAAGCAGACAACUCCAGGGGAUUUGUUUUUUUUUUUUUUAACAAAGGCUAAUAAUGCAAACAAUUAAAAACAGCGCUGUAUGCCAUAAUAUGUUCUGAUGAAAUUCAAUUUCAAAGCUUCAGUGUUUUUUCAGUGUCGCGGUUUAAAUUCAAUUCACUUUUCAAAGAUUGGAUUUGUGCCGCUCUCUUUCUUAAAAAAAAAAAGAGCAACACCUACAUCUUUUUCUCUGUUUUUUCCAUAUAGAUAUGGAUUCCACAGAAAAAAAAGCAGAUUUUGUUGUUUUUAUGGUGUCACUGAAAGAAAUGACUUGACCUUUCAACCAUAGCCCAGCGUAAACAAAAAGCGUCAGUAAAUGGAGUCUUUUUGUCCGUUUUUUUCCACGUAUCCACUUUCAGCUUCCUACUAGCCUUUAGUGGUUGGAUUUGAAUUCAUUGGCGUCGCAGUGCACUACUUACACCAAACCCCUCCUUGGAGCCUCAGGGCCUUAACAUCUCCUGGGCUAUUCUAGGAAUACACAAAUACUCUUAGAAGUAAAACCAUUAGCCAGGCAGAUCAAGCAUCUCCAUUGGAAAAUUGAACAGCAUUUAACCUUAAGGUGGUUAUGUCCCAAGUAAUAAUCGUCUGCUUAAAAUCCCUUCAGCUUUGCAGCACUUACAACGUCGAGACUUGACAUUUGGCACUUUUAAAAACCAAGAUGAUUAUCUCAAAUGAUUGAAUUGCACAAGACAGAAUACAUGCAAGGACUUCUGCUAAGUGUGCUUUUUGAAUUGUUUUUAUUAUAAUAAAUAUACCUGAUUGUAUGUACAUUAUCUGACAGAUGACUGUACAAAACCUCUAUUCAUAUAUAUUCAUGUACCGUAUAUACAUACACAUGUUGCAAUACUGUAUAUACAUUCAACCCUGAAAAGAAGCACAAGCUUAACAGUGAACUGGUGUGUUACUUAAAAAUUUUGGCCAUCUUGUUAAGGACCCCUUUUCACCCACCCACCAUUUGAUAGCAUUAGCAUAGCAUUGUGAUUUGAUGCACAACAAUCUGGCUUCAUGCCAACUAGCUACACUACGGAAUGGUGCCCAUUAAAUCACAUCCAGCCCAUGAAGAGCGAAGUUUUGCCUGUCGUGCUUUUCCCUCGAUCAGAUGGCCGCAUUUGCUUGAAACAAGUCUAAAUGUGAAACAUCAUCUAGCGUCAAAGAGGAAUAGUAGUCAGGCUACAUGAGCUCUCUCGCUAAUCCACUUGGAUUACGUGUCGCUGAUGGCCAGAUACUGCCUUCCAUUACAGCAUUGAACACAUUUAUGAAGACAGACUGACGAGAAAGGCAAAUAACAUCGAAUGUGUUAUACACACCCUCUGACAUCGUUUUUUGAAUACUGUUGCCAUCACCCCCCUCUGGCCAAGUGCAGACCCAAAUUCUCUCCUGUGCCACAAGCCUUAAAAGCAUUCAGUCAA